CGAACUGCAAAUGGGAGUGAUACUUGGGUGGCUGCCAAGACCCCAGGUGUUGAAACCACUGUGGAUCCUUUGAGUUCGCAUGCGGCAUCUGUUACAACUGAUGAGAAUGGGGGGGACUUAGCUUUGGAAAAGGGUGUUCCUUCUAAUGGACAGCGAGGCAGUGAGGUAUUGCCCAGAAAUCAAGAUCCAGAUUUCCAAGGAACCACAGGACCUGAGGCAGCAAAUGAUCCAGAGAGAAUCAGGCAAGAUCAAGCUGCAACAAAAGCACAAGCUGCUUUUAGAGGUUAUCUGGCUCGUCGGGCAUUUCGAGCUUUAAAGGGAAUCAUAAGGCUGCAGGCGCUUAUCCGAGGGCACCUUGUGAGGAGGCAAGCUGUUGCUACUUUUCGCUGUAUGCAGGGGAUUGUAAGGUUUCAGGUGCUAGUUCGUGGUCGUAGAGUCAGAAUUUCUGAUACUGGUCUUGAGUUCCAUCAGGAGGCUAAGCGUUUGGAACCAAUUAGAGUGAAUUCAAAUAUACGGACAGAGGUGCCGCUCGCAAAUGCUUUUGCUAUUAAGCUUCUUGCUUCUACAUCCACUGCAUUGCCGCUUCGUCUUCAGUAUGGCCCGGGUGAACCUAAUUCAGCUUCAAACUGGCUUGAACGUUGGAAUUCUACCCGUUUUUGGGAACCACUUCCACAAGCAAAGAAGAAUGAUGAUUCAAAACCUCAGGCAAGGCAAGUUAAUCUUCAAAGUGCAGAAAGUAAAUCAGUUCGGUCAAAACGCACUGUCAGGAAGCUCCCUGCUGGAAAUGUUGACAAUGGGUCAAUACAUUCUACAUCUGAAUGUGAAAAACCAAAACGUGGCCCGAGUAAAGUUACAAGCCAUCCUGUAGAUUCAGUGCUGGAUCCCCAAACUGAGCUUGAAAAGGUAAAGCGCAAUUUGAGAAAAGUUUCCAGUGCCUCCAUAACUGAGGCUUCUGAUCGGGUAGAGGCUGAGAUUGAGAAGCCAAAGCGUGUUCUGCGAAAAGUGUCAAGCCCUGCAGCUGCUGAUGCUUCAGAGCAGGGUGUGGGUGAUUCCAUUGACAAGAUAAAGAAAGAAACAAUAGUGGAGGCACCAAAGAUGCUUGAUGUAGAAGCAACUCCAAUUACAUUUACCUCAGAUGAGCCAGUUGAGAAUAUUACUGUAACAAAUCAUGAUGCAGGUGUGCAAACUUUGGAGAGAAGUGUGCAAGAUGAGAAUAUUCCUGUAACAAAUUCGGAGUUAAAUUCUAAGGAAGAUAACACAGGAAAUGUAAACCCAAAAAGCAGCAGGAGGAGAGCUUCCCUUCCAGCAAAACAGGAAUAUCCUGAGAAUGGCUUACGAAACACCCCAACAGUGCCAAGUUAUAUGGCAGCAACUGAAUCUGCAAAGGCAAAGCUCAGAGCACAAGGUUCUCCAAGGCUCGGGCAAGAGGAGGUUGAGAGGAAUGGUUUUACAAGGCGGCAUUCUCUUCCUUCUUCUACCAAUGGGAAGUUGAACUCGGACUCACCACGAACACAGAGGUUGGUUCAUGGAAGUGGAAAAGGUGGAGUUAGAGACAGGUCACUGCUGUCUUCGAGGGAUGGUAAUGCCAAGGUUGUGCAAGCAGAGUGGAGAAGGUGAUCUUGCAGAAAUUGGGGUUUCAAGGAAAGACAUCACAUCAAGGAGGUAAACUUGGCUACUUGUCUGCAGUUUCUUAUUUUUUUUGACGGGUGUCCGCAGUUUUUUAGCUUCCCUUCUGGUAUCAAAUUCAGUUGUAAAACUUGAAGCUGGACUUGAGGAAUAACUGGUGUGUGGGGUGUGCCUGGAGACUCUACUUGUCUACUGUUAUUCUGGUGCUUUCGGUCUGUUCUGUAUAGUCUUAGGAUAUAUAUUGUAUGGGUGUGAUUUCAGUAAGGAUUGUUUGUGCUGCAAAAUUUUUUUUUUUCAAAUUUUUUUUAUAAUAGAAAUUGGAGCUGUGUAAGAGCCCAUAAACUUUUGAUAUACAGUUUUUCACAGAUCGUUGGAUGCCU